AACGGCCUCCGUAGCGGCUGAGAAGGACGGAUCUAGUUUGUCCCGGACGGCCGCCGUAGGGGCAGAGGCGGACGCACCUAGUUGGUCCCGACCGGCCUCCGUAGCGAAUGAGGUGGACGCACCUAGUUUGACCCGAACGGCUUCCGUAGGGGCUGAGGCGAAGGGCCGCCGGCCAAGAUGGAGGUCAACCCGCCCAAACAGGAGCACCUGUUGGCGCUGAAAGUGAUGCGGCUAACCAAGCCCACGCUUUUCACCAAUAUUCCAGUGACCUGUGAAGACAAAGACUUACCGGGCGAUCUCUUCAAUCAGCUCAUGAGGGAGGACCCUUCCACCGUCAAGGGGGCAGAGACGCUGAUGCUGGGCGAGAUGCUCACCCUGCCCCAGAACUUCGGGAACAUCUUCCUGGGAGAGACCUUUUCCAGCUACAUUAGCGUCCACAACGACAGCAGCCAGAUGGUCAAGGACAUCCUGGUCAAGGCCGACCUGCAGACGAGCUCCCAACGCCUGAACCUGUCGGCGUCCAGUUCUGCGGUGGCCGAGCUGAAGCCGGACUGUUGCAUCGACGAUGUCAUCCACCAUGAAGUGAAAGAAAUUGGGACGCACAUCCUGGUCUGUGCAGUCAGCUACACCACGCAGAGCGGGGAAAAGAUGUACUUCAGGAAGUUCUUCAAGUUCCAGGUUCUCAAGCCCCUUGACGUGAAAACCAAAUUUUACAAUGCCGAGAGUGACCUCAGUUCUGUGACCGACGAAGUCUUCCUCGAGGCGCAGAUCCAGAACAUCACCACGUCCCCCAUGUUCAUGGAGAAGGUUUCCCUGGAGCCUUCCAUCAUGUACAACGUCACCGAGCUGAACGCCGCCAGUUUCGGCGGACGAGGGGUGUCGACGUUCGGAGCCCGGACCUAUCUGCAGCCCCUGGACACCCGCCAGUACCUGUACUGCCUGAAACCCAAGCGGGAGUUUGCCGAAAAGGCCGGCGUCAUCAAGGGCGUCACCGUCAUCGGGAAGCUGGACAUCGUGUGGAAAACCAACCUGGGAGAGCGGGGCCGGCUGCAGACCAGCCAGCUCCAGAGGAUGGCCCCGGGCUACGGCGACGUGCGGUUGGCCCUGGAGACCGUCCCGGACACGGUCACGCUGGAAGAGCCGUUCCACAUCACUUGCAAAAUAACCAACUGCAGCAGCGAGAGGACGAUGGAUCUGGUCUUGGAGAUGUGCAACAGCCGUUCCGUCCACUGGUGCGGGGUCUCCGGCCGCCAGCUCGGGAAGCUGAGUCCCAACUCGUCGCUCCACCUGGCCCUCACCCUCCUGGCCUCCGUGCAGGGCUUGCAGAGCGUCUCCGGGCUGAGGCUGACCGACACGUUCCUGAAGAGAACCUACGAAUACGACGACAUCGCGCAGGUCUGCGUGGUGUCUUCGGCCGCCGGAGGGGAAGGCUGAGGACCAAGGCCGCCUCUCUCCCAGCGCUUCUCCCCGGGCGGGUGCCCGCCAGGCGCCCACCGAACCGCGGCCGGUCCGGCGGAGCGGGCUUGGGGACGGC